AUGUCGGGAGAAGAACAAGCAUGCGAAAAACACUAUCAACAGCACACGAUUCGCGAUUCCUUAGGGUCGUACACGGUUCGACUUCCAUUCAAGGGUAUUCCCGACAAUUUAGGCGACUCGUACAACAUUGCAUUAAAACGUUUCUUUUCUUUUGAAAGAUCUCUUAAUAAAAAUCCGGUACACAAAGAGCAAUACAGCGCGUUUUUAAAGGAAUAUGAGGAGCUAGGUCACAUGUCGAAAAUAAAAAACGAAACUAACACCGGGUAUUAUUUACCGCAUCAUUCGGUCGUCAAAACCGACAGUCUCACCACUAAAGUUAGAGUAGUAUUCGAUGCAUCGGCACAUUCAUCUUCCGGUUUAUCAUUAAACGAUAUUUUAAUGGUCGGACCAACUAUCCAGGACGAUCUAUUCACUAUUGUCACACGCUUCAGGUGUCACAAGUACGUGCUAACGGCGGAUAUUGCAAAAAUGUAUCGGCAAGUAAAACUACAUCACGAUGAUUGCCAGUACCAUAACAUAUUGUGGCGCGAAAGUCCCAGCGACCCAAUUCGAACAUAUCAGCUGAAUACAGUUACUUACGGAACCGCGUCAGCCCCAUAUCUCGCGAUUCGAACCCUUCAUCAGCUCGCACACGAUGAAGGUGAAACUCACCCGAGAGCCGCCAAAAUAUUAACUAGAGAUUUUUACGUAGACGAUGUUUUGACUGGUGCAAACACGUUAGACGAAGCAAUCAAGAUACGCGACGAACUCAUGCAGUUGACCGCCAAGGGAGGGUUCCUUUUGAGACAAUGGGUUUCAAACGAACCAAGUCUCAUCGAACCGUUACAAGGAAACAACAAAGAUAACCAUUUAGCACUUGAUGUAGCAGACGGAAAAAAGACGUUAGGUUUAUAUUGGAAUGCGUCCAAUGAUACAUUAGGAUACACAAUCAGACAGGCAGAAUCAUUACAACGUAUAACAAAAAGAACGUCUCUGUCAAAAAUUGCACAAUUAUUCGACCCACUCGGAUUGUUAGGUCCAAUGAUUGUAAAAGCUAAAAUGAUCAUGCAAAGUCUCUGGAAAUGUCAACUGAGUUAG